AUGUUGUCAUCGGCCAUCAAUGGCCACCAGAGGGCCCCUCAAUCAGAUCCGGGACCAAAAGCGGGUGCCCAGAGUAUUCACGGGACAGGUGACCGGUUGGCUUCCCAUGAUAUACCGCAGUCUACCACACCUCAAGGAGAACGGGGCCAAGGACACAUGUCCAGGAAGAGUCUGCAGGUGGAUUUGAGUAGCAGCAGGACUGGAAGGUCCCCUUCUGUGUCCCCAGACCGAGGCAGCGUCCCCACGUCCCCCUACUAUGUGCCUCAAAUUGCACCCAUGCCCAGCAGCAAACUGUGCCCCGUCUGCAAAACCACUGACCUGAUGGCAAGUGGGGACGACAAGCCUAGCUUCAACACCUGCACACAGUGUCACUGCAUGGUGUGCAACCAGUGUGGCUUUAACCCCAAUCCUCACCUCACAGAGGUACAAGAGUGGCUGUGCCUGAAUUGUCAGAUGCAGAGAGCACUUGGAAUGGACAUGACCACACCACGCUCCAAAAGUCAGCAACAGAUACACUCUCCUUCUCAUUCAGCCAAACCAGAACCCAAGCCAGAUGCGUUGCCUGCACCCCAUACCCCUCCACAAGCACAACCGCCAGCACAAAUCCAUCCUGCACCUGGCCUUACCAAACAGACAGGACCAGGUGGCCCAGGUCAGCAACAAGUGAAGCUGCCUCCAGGGGCAUUCCCUCUGCCUGGCAUGGCCAAGGCUCCAUCUCAGCCUGAUCUCUCUCGCAGCUCCCCUGCCCACCAAGCCCAACGUCCCCGCCAGGAUCAAACACGUAGUGCAGGAAGCUCCCCUUCACGACAGGCUCCACCUCCAGAGCAAACAUUUGGGAAGUUGUUUGGCUUUGGCGCUUCUCUCCUUAACCAGGCCAGCACUCUCAUAUCUGAGACUACACAACCCCAACAGCAGCUUCCCAAACCAGCCCCGAAACCAGGAGGAUCUCCUGGUCCUGGACCCGGGGCAAGUAAAACCUCAGGACCUCAGUCUGCCCAACAAGGGCCACGAGCUCCCGUCCAUCCGCAGCAACAGCAACAACAACAACAACAGCAACAACGCGCUCACUCAGACUCUUCCUCUCACCACCAGGCUUGUUGUCCUCUCUGUAAGACUAAUCUCAACAUAGGAAACACGGCAGAACAACCCAACUACAACACCUGUACACAGUGCCACUCCCAAGUGUGCAACAUGUGUGGAUUCAAUCCCACUCCACACCUAGUUGAGAAGAAAGAGUGGCUAUGCUUGAACUGCCAGACACAGAGGGCUCUGUCAGGAAGCUUGGGAGAUAUUCCAGCACCCGUCGCACAGCCAGUGGGAUCUUCUCGGCCGGCCAGUCAUCAACCUGCUCAGCAGAAAGGGUCCAGUCAACCUUCAGGGCCCAGACCCACAGGUCUCCAAGAGAAAACACUGGCUCCCCAAGUAAGUGGCCCUCUUUCUCCUGUCAAACAGGCUGGGGCUGUCCCUCAAAUCAAGGGUUCAGCACAACCAUCUCCUCAGCCCAAGAUUUCAAAUCAACCGGCAUCCCAACCCAAGGGUCCAGCACAACUUUCAGCUCAGAGUAAAGCACCUUGUCAAAUGAAAGGUCCUAACCAAUACCAUAGUCAAAGUAAGGGCCCUAGCCAGACAAAAGGGCCAACUCAAACAAAGGCACUUGGGCAGACAUCUGCUCAGACUAAAGGCCCUUCUCAUACUCCAGGCACCAAGUCUUCAGUUGCCCCUGGUAAAGCAGCACCCAACAAUGCUAAGCCAUCUCCCACCCCUUUGAAAUCAGUACCCCCUCAGUCUAAACCUACAGGUAACAACCAGACCAGAAAACAGCCAGCGAGCCAGGAGAAGACUAAAGGCGCGACUAAGUCUCUGAAAGAAGAUGUCAAGCCCUCGCCAAAGAAAGCAGUGUCAGAGACUGUCACUUCACCAAAAGACACGAAGAUAGCUAAAGAUGCACAGAAGUCAAGACACCAUGAAGAUUACAACAAAUCAAGUACUCAGAGUUUGAGUGACACUGGCUACUCCUCUGAUGGAAUCUCCAGUUCUCAAGGGGAAAUCACAGGUCAAAUCCAGGAGGAAGGAUUUAAACUAAGUGAAAGAGGUGCUUCGAUACCCUCAGAAAUCAACAAGCUGGAGAGUUCUAUGAAGCCACUGCUCGAGUCAAAGACUGCCACAGACCAGAAACACAGGCCACAUUCAUUGUCUGUUGGGCAAGAGCAGUAUAGUCCUGAUGAUGAUGCAGCAAGGGAGGAAUCAGAGGAUGACCUCAGCUGUAAAUUACGCCAUGACUAUGUGGAAGACAGCAGUGAAAGUGGUCUCUCACCAUUGCCAGUAAGACAGAAGAAGUCACAUAAAGAUUUAACAGAUGAGGACUUUAUGAGGCGGCAAAUUAUGGAGAUGAGUGCUGAUGAAGAUGAGCCUGAGGAAUACGAAAACCAAAAAAGUAAGAGGAUGCAUAAAACCAGUGGGGAUUUGGGUAAAGAGAGACGACGGGUUGCUCACCAUUCCAAUAGUUUUGAGGAUGAAGCCAAGGUAACAGACAGUGUUUACAAGGCAAAUGAAGAGGAAGAUGUUGGAAUUGCAUCUCAAGGAGGCCUUCGGCGAUUUAAAACCAUUGAGCUGAAUAAUACCAACAGCUAUAAUCGAGACAUGGAGCUCAGUACUGAGCAUGACCUAAGAGAACCAGAGCUAGAGAUGGAGAGCUUGACUGGUUCCCCAGAGGAGCGGUCCAAAGGAGAAUAUUCUUCCACUCUUCCAGCCACCACUCCCAGCUACACCUCUGGAACAUCCCCCACAUCUGUGUCAUCUAUGGAGGAUGACAGUGACAGUAGCCCUAGUCGUAGGGCAAGACUAGAGGAAGCAAAGCAGCAAAGAAAGGCUCGACACCGUUCCCAUGGGCCACUACUCCCCACUAUUGAGGACUCAUCUGAGGAGGAUGAGCUUAGAGAGGAGGAAGAACUACUUCGGGAACAAGAGCAAAUGAGAGAUCUAGAGCAGCAGAGGAUCCGAAGUACUGCUCGUAAAACAAAGAGGGAUAAAGAAGAACUGCGGGCACAGAGACGUAGGGAAAGAUCCAAAACUCCUCCAAGUAAUCUUUCUCCAAUUGAGGAUGCAUCACCAACAGAGGAGCUAAGACAGGCAGCAGAGAUGGAGGAGCUUCAUAGGUCAUCAUGUUCUGAGUAUUCUCCUUCUAUGGAUUCAGAAGCAGAGGGGUUUGAAAUAAUUGGGGGUAAGCUCUAUAGAUCAGGAAAUGAAUUCAACCUACCAACAUUUACAUCACUCUACUCCCCCACAGAAAAGACAGCAACAAUAUCACCACCUGAUAAAACUCUAAAAAGUGCAGAGGAAGUCUAUGAGGAGAUGAUGCGAAAAGCACAACACAUGCAGAAACAAGGACAAUUAGUUAAUCAGGAAAAACGUUCUCCCCAGCCCGACGGUAAGCAUCAUCUUGAACCAGGGACUGUCUUAACACCUGGUUCAAGUCCUACCCAACUUACUGCACCUAUAUCCUUCUCAACAACUGGGAGUGAACCAAGAGUUCCAACAGUUCAUGCAGCACAGCAUUUAUCAAAGGAAACACAAAAUAGGAUGAUGACUCAGAGUGCCAAAAUUGAAGGUGUUGUUGGAGUGUCCACAACUAAAUCCCAGGUCAGUCAGAUUCCCACAACUCGACAUACAGACAGUGCAAUGCCCAGCGGUAGAACAGGCUCCCAGAAGCCAACACAAACAGUGUCAUCUGACUCUGGAGGGUCUUCUAUUACUUCUAAAGUCUUCUCUCUUUUCAAAGGUUCUAGUCCCCCAGUCUCUCCAUCCAUUUCACCGGCACAAAGCCCAACACACAAGACAUCCAUGCAAACAACUGGUAUUAGUAGUAGACAGCUGCCAUCUUUGUCUGGUGGUCCUACAUCAGUGCCAGCAUCCCAUGGUGCUCAGACAACUCAAAGGACAAUUUCACCACGUCUGCAAAGACAGCAGUCUUCUCAAGAGUCACCAGUGAUGGUUAUAACACUGGCCUCUGAAACAAGUCCUGCCAAACCAAUUACUGUAAAUUCUUCCACUUCUCCACUUUCAUCACCACCACAGGUCAUCUAUAAAACCUUGUAUAGUUCCCAACCUCCUUCAACCUGUUCCUCAACAUCUCCCCAGAUGCGUAUAACGCAACAAUCUCCAAAACAUUCUUCACAUAUGCCUCAGAAUGUUGAAAAGGUAAAUGUUGGGAUAAGCACAGUGACUGCAGACACACACAGUCGUGCAUCAGUGUCUAUGGAAAAUAUUUCUCUCUGUAACAUCUCAAAUAUUACAGGCACUUCAAAGGUUGUGGGUCAGAGCCAAACACAUCCAAGCAGUAAUGUAGUGGAUCUGAGAGCCCCAGUCAGGCCCACUCCAAUUAUAAUGACCGACCAGGGGAUGGAUUUAACAUCUUUGGCCUCUGACACAAGAAGGUACUCUUUAGGAGCAGAGCAGCCAUCUGGUCGACACACGGCAGUACAGCCUCUCAUCAUUAACCUGAAUGCACAAGAACAACCACAUGUAUCAAUCUCAACACCAACUACUGUCAGUGUUACAGUUGCAGGUUCUAUGCUCAUGUCUCAACCUAAACAAGCAAUUGUGUAUGGAGACCCUAUGCAGAACCGAGUGGAUCUGGGGCAAGGUGUUGGAUCAGCUGUAUGUUUAACCCAGACAAAGCCACCAAUCACAGACCCAUCUAUACCAAAAAUUGAUGCCUGCCUAGAGAACCUGGGUAUACAGCAGCAGCAACUUCAAUUGCAGCAGCAGAAGUUAUUGCAACAGCAACAGCUUCUUGAGCAACAGCUCCAGCAACACCAGCAGCAGUCCUCUUUUGCUCGUUACAAUCUAGCUAACCAGGUCCAGCCACUACUUUCAAAAAAAGACCUUGUUGUUACUCAGACAAGUGGUGUCCAGCCUGUUGUAAAUGCUAGUACAAUUCCUAGAGUAUCCCCACUGAAUCCACAGUCAGUGACCGGAGUUUCAUCGUCUAAUGCUCCCCAUGAUAUCUAUGGUGGCACAGCAUUAGAGCUAAAAAAUAAGCCGACAGUGAUGAACUUGUCUACCAGCAAACCCCAUGUUAUGAUGGUGCAACUUGAUGAGAGUAACCCAUCACAGGGUGCCACAGUGACUCAACUGGUAAAGCAAGAGGAGCAGCCUCCUCCUCCUCAGGUCUUAGAUCUCACAGGACAGUUAAAGUCUGAAAACCAAAUUGCUUGUUGUGAUGUUGUUUACAAUUUGCCAUUUGCUGGAUCCUGUUCAGGUUCUCUGUCUCACAAACCUACAGCAGUAUCUGCAGAUAAAAACCCAACUAAUGACCUUUCUCAAGCAGCUCAUCCACCCCAUUCACCACACUACAAUGCCACUCAACAACAACAAAAGCCAUCUACUUCACAAGGGUUGAUAGAAGUACACAAACCCUAUCAACCACAAAUACUUCCUUCAAGAAUACAACCCUCUAUGUCGGACACUAAUCUUCCUUCUAUGACAGAUACGGGCCUUCAACAUGAUCACAGUAACAUCCAGGGAGGUAUUGCAGUUGAUCUUAGCACCAUGAACCAGGCUUAUGAUGGCGGCUAUAUCGCUGGAGCACAGUAUGUCUACACAGACUUGCGACACCAAGGAGAUUUUGCAAGCGCUACAUUACCGCUGCGCCGAUAUGGCUCCAUGUCAAAUAUUAGUUCAGACUAUGGCUACAACACACGUGACCAAACAACAUCACAGGAUUCCAGUCUUGCUCAGUACAGUGCAACCACUGCUAGAGAGAUCAGUCGGAUGUGUGCAGCUCUGAACUCAGUGGACCACUUUGGGAGUCGAUUUGGAAAUAAUCCUGAACUUUUGCAAUAUGGAACUGGAAGAGCUGGGCCUUUAGGUAGGUUAAAUCUACAACAAAGUUUAGCAUCAAUAAGACCAAGUUUGAUUUAUGGAUCAGAUGGAAGACCAAUGGCUAACGGCCAAAGUCUCACAAACAUAAUAAAUGCCAGACAAGCCAGUAUACGCGCCUUGUACCCUGCUGCUGUGAGAGGAGGGGAUGGAAUGAUCUAUUCUACCAUAAACACUCCAAUAGCCUCUACCUUGCCAAUUACCACCCAGCCUGCUUCUGUGCUGCGCCCAAUGCCAAGAGGAAUAUACAGGUCAUACCCUACAGGUAUAACUGCUGUACCAUUGGCUAGCCUUAGCAGAUUACCUCAAGUCACUUCUAGAAUGCCUCUGUCCACACAGGGACCAUUCUCCUACCCUCCUGCAAACCAGUAUCUUGGUCCAGCUCCUCCAUCGGGAAGUGUUAAUGCUACAAGUAGCUCACCCCAGGAAACUCCGGUGUACCUUGGAAAGCCUUUGAUGUCAAGUUCUACACAAACAACUGCCAGCAUACCACCAUCUGAAGUUGCAGCACAGCAUGUAUCAGCACCUGUUAUGCAGACCUCUGCAGAUCAACAGACACCGUUGCCGUUGCAGCAGGUUCCUAAUCUAUCUGAACCUUCAUCUUUCACUCAAAGCCAGUCUCUUCCACAGCACCAGCCACAAGCACCUCCAGCUACAGUGCCACAGCCCCAGUCACAAGUAACACCUCAUGCAGCUGCUGUCACAGCACCAAGUUCUGUAACAUCACCACCCAUGGAUGCACAGAAAGCUAAAGAAGAUGAGAAACUGAGUCAACAACAGGAGCACAUGUUGCAUUUAGAAAGAGAGCGGGUUGAACUGGAAAAAUUAAGGCAGCUGCGCCUUCACGAGGAGCUAGAAAGGGAUCGCAUGGAACUCCAGCGGCACAGAGAAAAGGAACAGCUGCUUGUUCAACGUGAGAUUCAAGAGUUGCAGACAAUCAAACAGCAAGUCCUGCAGCAGCAACAAGCUGAGCGAGAGACCCAGCUCAUUAUGCAAAGAGAGCAACUUGCUCAGCAGAGAAUGCAGCUUGAACAGAUUCAGUCUCUGCAACAACAGCUCCAGCACCAGUUGGAGGAGCAAAAAACAAAGACAGCAGCAGUGGAGGCUGCGGCGGCGGCGGCAGCAGCAGAGGCAGCAGCUGCAUCGGCGGUGGCGGCGCAAGCAGCAGCAACAUCUGCCCAGGGUGCUCUACAAGGAGUAGUAGUUGGGGGAGGUCAGCCCCAAGGAUUCAUUAUCUGUGACCAGAGUGGCAGAGUGAUUCAGCAAGAUGGGCAAAGUGUUCAGUUUUGGCAGGAUGGGCAGGUGGUCCAAGCUGUAGUUGCUGCUCGCCCUAUUCAGAGUUCAGCUUCUGAGAUGUCUCUAAGAACUACUGACAAACAGGCAGAUUCCAAGAUUAUGAAAAAACAGAAUUCCAUGCCUCGGUUGAGGGAUGGCUCAGAGGAGGAUGUGCUGAAAAGAAUUACAGACAGUUGUGUGCAAACAGAUGAUGAGGACGGGGAGGAUAGGUUUAUAACCAGACGCAGGAGAACAAGGCGUAUUGCAGAUUGCAGCGUGCAGACUGAUGAAGAGGACCAGGCAGACUGGGACCAGCAGCCAGUAAGGCGUAGGAAGUCACGCGUAUCUAAACAUUCUGAGUCCAGCGGUGAGAGCAAAUCAGAAGGGGCAUCUAAAGUGUCAUCUGCAAGUAUAGCUAUUCAGACCACAAAUGAUUCAUCAUGCCAGACAGACUGUGAUCAACUUGGCAGGGUUUCACCGGCAAUCCACAUUACCAUGGCAGAGACUUCAAAGGUUGACUUGUUACAUUACAUAGCAGCUCCUGAGAGGACCAAGAAAGGAGAGAGUCUGGCCUGUCAGACAGAACCUGAGUCACAUUAUCAGGGAGUAGUUGCCCCUCAGCUGAGUGUACCUACAACUGUCAGCCCAUAUUCCACAAGUCUGCAUAUGGUGGGUGCUAACACAUCUGAUCCAGCUGCUCCUAGACUCCAAGGAGUUGUGAAGUUUGAAAGGAGGAAACCAGACCCACUUGAAAUUGGUUAUCAGCAGCAACAAAGUGAUUCUUCUCGCCAACCUCCAAAAUCUCCCCAAGUGCUGUACUCUCCAGUAUCACCGUUGUCUCCUCAUCGCAUACUGGAGACAACAUUUGCCUCCCAGGAGAAACUUAACAAGGCCCAUGUUACACCUCAACAGAAGGCCUUUACUGCUGAGUCACCCCAGCGCCAUCAGACCAUACCAAGACCAAUAAAAAGUGUGCAGCGUUCCAUGUCAGAUCCCAAACCUCUCAGUCCAACAUCAGAAGAUCCAGCCAAGAACAGGUUUUCUCCAUAUCAUCAGCAAGCUCUGUCCAGCAGUCAGAUGGCCUCCCUGCAGCAGCAGAACUCUCUGAUGAGAAAAGUGAAGAGGACUCUUCCCAGCCCCCCUCCAGAAGAAACUCCACUUCCCAUUGUUACUCCAGCCCAAAUGUACAGUUCUCCUGGCAUGCCCCAGAGGGUCCUACCCAGACCAGCCCAGGGGGUCACAAAGGCAGGGCUUCUAAGUGAGCUGAAAGCUGUGGAACAAGAGUCUUCUAAGCUCCGCAAGCAGCAAGCUGAACUGGAGGAGGAGGAGAAAGAGAUUGACGCCAAAUUGCGUUACUUGGAGCUAGGCAUCACCCAGCGUAAAGAGACGAUGGUGAAAGAACGGGAGAGGAGAGAAUUGGCUUACUUGCGGUGUAUGGGUGAUGCCCGGGACUAUAUGUCAGACAGUGAGCUCAAUAACCUCAGGAUGGCAGCUGGAACAGCAACAUUUGAUGCUAACGGUCUACUAACUAGACCCAGCACAGCCCCACUGAGCCAGUUUACUAAUGAUAUCAAUGCAGCUUCUCAGUAUCCCCCAACCUCAACCUAUAUGCCAUAUCCAUACCCUCAAAGCCAAUCAUCCACCCAGCCACCAGGAUCUGGUUACCAGCAGAUCGGUUUCCAGCCUCCUCAGUACCCUUCAUCAUCUGCUCCCCAGCCGGGAACAUUCCAACCCCAUCCACCACCCGGUCCUGGAUACCAGACACAGGGGAUGUAUUCUUCCCGCAUGUAUACACAGCCGUCCUAUCAGCCAGACCUUGCAAUGCAACAGCAUAGUCACCAAGGCUUCCAUCUGCCAAGUCAGCCUAUGCCAGGCCAGACCCUUCCAUAUCCCAGCCAGAGCACAUACCAACCUGGCUUUUCCUACCAGCCCCAGGCAGAGAUCCUUACAGUCCACCAAAGACCACGCCAGACUUCCCUAGCUGACCUUGAACAAAAGCUUCCCACCAAUUAUGAGGUCAUCAGCAACCCAGCAGUGUCUGUGGCUACAUCAGCUCCAGAUACUAACUUUGGCUCAGGCUACGGCAAUGCAUAUGGGCAAUACCGCCCCCCAGAGCCUGGCUUGAGUCACUCUGUCGACAGUUCCACAUCUGCCUAUGCUUCAGAUGGACUCUACACUUCUAACUUAGAGCAGAACAUUCCAAGGAACUACGUCAUGAUUGAUGACAUCAGUGAGUUGACAAAAGAGAACACAAGUCAGUCCACUGAUUCUAUGGGUCACCCAGUGGGAAGUCGGUAUCGCACCGAGAAUGGUUCUACACAUGGAAGCACUUAUGGUAGACCCGAAGAUGCAUCUGUGGAUGCUUACGGCAGGCCUACAGGCACAGCUGGUUACCAGAGUGCGGUGGACAGUCGUUCCAGCACCACAGUGAGUGCAGGAUCCUCGUAUUACUAUGAUGAAUAUAAACAUGGAACAAGGAGUGGCUCUGGCACUCACAAACUUUCAUCCAAGAAUCUUGCCCCUGCAGUAGUGUCAUCUAAACGUAGUAAACACAGGAAGCAGGGAAUAGAGCAGAAGAUUUCAAAAUUUUCCCCUAUUGAGGAAGCACGGGAUGUAGAGUCUGACCUUGCUUCUUACACCAUGACAACUUCAACAGGGGGCAGCUGCACAGUUGUCUCGAGGUCCAAGAAGCUUCAGGACGAUGUCACCUAUGGGUUAAAGAAAAAUUUAUAUGAGCAUCAGAAAUACUAUGGCAGCAGCCGUGAAGGUCUGGAGGAGGAGGAUCGGAUGUACAGUUCUGGUAGGUCCAGGUCUACUGGAUAUGGCAUGGAUAAAAUUUCUUCUAGAGAUGGCACAGGUCACAGAAGUAAAUCCUAUGAGAGAGAUGCAAUGGAGCGCUCCCAAAGAAGCAGUCGCAGUGGAAGACCUCCCGUGCGCAACCAAAAUUCAGAAGAGGAGAGCCCACUCAGUCCUGUGGGGAAACCUGUCGGCAUCGGUAAAAGUUCUGGCAUUUCAGAUGUCCAUGAUGUUAGGAACCAAUAUGGCUCCAGCCAUUCCCUGCCAGAUGUACAAGACCAUCACAAGAAAGACCUUCCCAGGAGUCAUGUCUACAAACCAGAUGACCCUUACCUUGUAGAUGACAUGCACUGUGCUGUUUCCGACAGUGAAGCUUAUCACUUAGGGCAAGAGGAGACUGAUUGGUUUGAGAAACCACGAGAUUCACGCUCUGAUCGAUCGAGACACCAUGGGAGUCACUCAUCCACUGGAAGACGUAGUAAGCACACAUACCACGACUAUGAUGAACCUCCUGAGGAAUACUGUCCCCAGGAUGAGUACAACCAACAACGUCACUCCUCUUCUUCAGCACGAGACCACCGUCAUCAUGGCAGCAGCUCUGGGAGACAUGGCACUUCCCGCCACUCCUCAGAAGAUCCCAGGACCUCACGUUCUUCUAGGACCCACCCCAAAGACCCACCUGGUCGUUCAGAUACCAGAAGCACCUCAUCUGCACAGAGAAGGGUGGGGCCAGACUCACGGGCCUCCCAGGGUAGCCCCAGGAACUCAGGUGAUUUCUCUCGUGAAACAGCAUCUGUCCACCACCAUGGAACUGGAGGAAGGAGCCAGAGACCACAGGGAGAACGCACAACUACCAGGAGACAGGAUCCCACUGCGGGCUCUAAACCGCAGCAGCCAGUCCAAAGCCAUGCUGGCCAGCAGCGGUCAGGUGAUCAGGCCCAGUCCACGAGACAUGCAGGCUCUGAGCCACUUGAUGGCACGCCACAGGCCCAGCAACAUCAGGAGGGCACACAACAACAACAGCUCCCUCAGAACAGCCAGCCCACAACAACUACAGCAGGAGCUGGUCCAGCACAGCAGCAGGCCAAACCUGGCCAAGUGCCACCACAGGGACGCCAGCCAGGAGCAGGGUCUACAGCAGGGCUGCCAACAACCCCAGCGGCGAAACCCGAUGCUACACCUGCAGCAGCUGGUCCAGGAGUGAAACUGCCAACAGCAGCAGCAACAACAGCUCAGACAAACAAAAUAGCAACACCUCCUCUAACGGGCAUCGGUUCCAAGGCACCUCCUGUUGGGAUUGGUAGCAAACCCGGAGGUAUAGGCAGCGCCGCACCACCACAGGCACCUGCUGAGGGGGAAAAUGUUCUCACUAAAAUCCUGCAAGGAGGGGCAGCAGAGCAGGCGGGGAAACUGGGAGAUGCUUUGUCUGGCCUUGGGAAGAAAUUCACCUCAUUUUGGUGAACUGAAGAAAAGAGUAGUUCUUAUGACAUGGAUUCUGGCCCGGUACUGGAAAAACCUAUGAAACUGCAUUAAACACAUUUCACCAUUACACAGGAAAUGAAGAUGCAACAGCCACUCCUAACUACAUCAGAGGACGGCAUUGAUCUGUAAGGGGUGUGUGAUGAACAACAACAACACAGAGGACAAAGAUGGACUCAAGUCCUGCUCCCAUACAGAACCCCUCAAGAAUUUUUGUCUAUCAAACCCCCACAGUCGUGGAAGAAAUACAGGGUUUGACCAUGCAUGUCUCGCUUAAAAAAGAAAGCUUCACAGCGCCCUCUACAGUGGUUGUAAAGGAAGAACACUCAUGUCUGAGGAGUACAAUCCAGGCAAGGAUUCUUGAUUCUCCAGUGAUGUGUUCAGAGCCUUGUCACACACA